GGGAAACCUACGCAGAUGUCUUUCAAAUUGGCUCAAUAUCUUGGACGUGUUGCACCUGCUAUAGAGCUGUACGCUGCAUCCAGUAUAAGAUGGAACCCACUAUACUCUAUGGCUAGUUUCACUGAAGCUCGACGAUUUGCCGGUCACUCCCACUGGCAAAAUGUUCGUCACACAAAAGAGGCGCGAGAUAAACAGAAGUCAAAAGCCGCUCAAAUUUAUAUCCGCGCGGUGAACAACGCCAUCAAAGCUGGCGGAGGUAUCCGCGAUCCGAAACUAAAUUCUCAAUUAGCCUCUGUAUUGGCUGAGGCUAAAGCAAACUCUGUGCCUCUGUCCACUUUGGAACGGUUUAUGAAAGCUGAGUUCACUACUGAUCCGUAUUUCAUCGAGGUCCAAGCUCCGGGUGGAUUGUUUAUAUUGAUCGAGAGCUGCGCCAAAUCGGUGAACGCUGAACGGCACCAAAUAGCCGGAAUAGUUAAGCGAUAUGGGUGUUCCAUUUCUCCAGCCGGUAAAAUAGCCAACGAAUUUUUCGAUCGUUUAGCUUGGGUUUGUGUGCCAGGAAGCCCAGCCUCCAACUUAACUGAUUUGGAUGCAGCCACCAAUUUCGGCAUCGAUAUUGGAGCGAACGAUGUGGAAGAGGUCACUGUUGAUGGACAGAUAGCGUUUAAGUUUUACUGUGACCCGUCGAAUGUGGAACAAAUGCGGCUGUUACUGGAACGUGACCACGCGAUCCAACCGAUGAGCGUCGAAGAUGUCCUCGUUCCCAAGUGUAAAGUUCAAGUGGAUUCUAAGGCGUACGCCAAUCUAUUGGAGAUGUACGAAAGAAUUCGCGAUCAGCAUGAAUACGUGGACCGGAUAGUUGAUAAUGUGACCGUUGUGGGUGACUCCCAACGAGACUGAAAUUGUCCCACCCAAAAUGUAGUAUAGUGUAUAUGCGGCGAAUAUUCUUUAUAACUUUUCUUGAGAUUAUUGCUUUCUCUUUCAUUCAAAACUUAUGAUCCGUUGUGUACUUGUUGCGGGGUGGCUUCACUAACCACCUUCUGUACCCACCGA